UACGGGCAUUGUCAAAAUGGCCGCGUCCAUGAACAGGCUUGCUGUGACAUUGUGCAGAUAUGCUCAGAGAAAACUCUACUACCACAAACUGGGACCUGAUCCCAGACUCACAAUGGCCAGAAGCAUAUCCCACUGUCCCACCGGACCAGAUGGUGCUAAACAUCUCUUAGAACAGAGAUUAUCCUAUCAGUUGACAUGCUUGGUAAAGCUAACACGACAGCUGUCUGGGACUUGUUGCUGUCAGGCCAAGAAGGUAUCUGUACCUCAAGCUGACCUCAAAGCAGACAGUGAGGUCAUGGUGUUUGACAUGACAGGGAUGCUUAUUGGUAAGAUGUCAAUAUCGCAAGCCGAGGAGAUGGCAAACAAAGAGAGUCUGAAGCUUGUAGACAUGGGACCCAAUCAGGACAAAGUCCAAUGUUUUAAACUGAUGACAGGGAAGGAGCUGCAUAAAGAAUCCAUGAAAACCAAGUCUGUAAAAUCAGGCCGGACAGAUGAAAAGGAGUUUGUUAUAACAGUAAAGAUAACUGAUCACGACCUGGGUAUCAAACUGAAACAUGUGCAGGAGACGUUGCAGAAAGGCAGGCAUGUGAAGAUCACUCUGAAAGAGAAGGGUAGAAUGGAAGAGGCUGAGGUGAAUCGCCUGCAGAGUCAGCUCCUGAGGAAGAUAUCUGAUAGUGUGAAUGAGAUUGCUAUUGUCAAGAACGCUGUCAGAACAUCAAAGUUUUGCAAGGUUUCAAUCAUUCCCAAGGAGGAAGCAAAACAAGAUGUCUGAUUCUGUUCGAAUCAUGUAAAAUAUGACUUGAAGAAGAGGAUACAGCCAUGUUUAUGAUGAGGACAGUUGCUAAUGUUACUAAUCUUCAAUGGGAAGUUGGGUAGCCUGGUGCUUUAAACAUUUGUAUGUCAUGUUUAAAAGUGGGAUCUUGUCCCAAAAAUAUCGGCGUUCCCUGUCGUUUGAAAUACUACCAAGGGUGAAGCAGGACUAUACUUGUUCACUCACUGCCAUAUUAUAUUUUAAAGUAUAUAUAUUAGAAGCCAAAUAUAACAUGACUAAUACAGACUAAAUCUUCUUUAUAAAAUCUGUUUACAUGCAUACAUCAUCAAUGUAACAUGUUUCAGUACUGUUUGAUGAGCAUUGUGCAUACAAAGCCAGUGAAGCAGUGAUGGAAAUACUUUGGAUAUACCAAACCUAUGAAGUAGUGAUGAAAGAAAUCACAAAUACCAAUAAAUCCUGAUAAAUCCAGCUCAUGUGGUUCGGUCAAUCCAUGCCAACAAGGCUGUAGAUCAUGGGAGUGUAUUGUGCUCUUGUCAGCUGUACAAAGUAAACAUUUGCCUUCACUUGUAUGGAACUAUGGAAGAAAGUAGCACACAGAUCUCUUACUGGUAUAAUGGUUAAUAUGUCUAUACAUCUCUCUUAAAUGCCUUAAGGGUAGUGUGUGAUCAUGUUGUGUUGAUUUACUUUGAAUUUUUUAAUAGUUGGGUUGUUUACCCCAAAUUUUGUAUGUCACAAUUGUGUAGAUCGAUGCUAAUGCUGUUGAUCACUGGAUUGUCUGGUUCAGACUCGAUUAUUUACAGACCGCCACCAUAUACUAGUAGCUUGAAUAUUGCUGAGUGUGGCGUUAAACAACAAACCAACUAAAUUUUGUACAUAUAACACACAAUCAAAAUUGAAUGAAUAAUUUUGUUUUCAUGUUUGCUCAUCAAAUUUCAGCAUUGACCCCUCAAAGUAGAUCUAUAUUGAAAGGAACGUAAUUCUAGAAGAUAAAGAAAACAAUUUCAGAAUGUUUGUUCUGUCUACCUAAUCUAACCGAUAUUAUUUGGAGAUGACAACCAGAAUAAAGUAGCCUUUCCUAUGUUAUAUAGAUUUUUAUGCUUUAAAAAGUUAGUCCAGGACAAAAGAACCUCUCUGCUUCUAUAUUAUAAGCUUGUACCUGCUGUGCUAUGUUAGAGAUAAUUUUAUCCAUGCUGAUGCAAUGAAUAUCUUGCAUGAAAAGUAGUAUGUGCAGCAUAAUUCUUUCCCUUCAUAUUUUUUUAAAAGAGAAAUUUAUUUUUCAUGUUGGAAGGUGUUUAAAGAAAAUGGAAAGGUGUUAUUUUCUGAAGGAGCAGUUAAAAAUACUGGAUAGAAUCCUCAAUUCUGUAAGCAAGUUACCUUCAGACAUUUCAAACCCAAAAGAACUUGACUUUUUUGUAAAAGUGUUGACAUUUUGAAAGAGAAAUACAUGUUUCAUAAUGUUGUGGCAUAUCUUCUUCACUUCUCCCUCUCCAAAUUGAAGGAAAUAAGUUUGUAUCAACACCAAUGUUUUGAAAUGCUCCCUUAUUUUAAUAGAAAGUAUUUAGUUCCUCGCUAUGGCUUUUAAAACUUGAUGGACUAAUAUCAAAAUUUGCAUGUCGUAAGAGUGUCUGCUGAAAGUAUUACCCUUUUCUCAUGUCUCAAAUUACCAGUGUUUUAAUGGCAUGGUUUGACAUAUGUGGACAAAUUCUGUUUCUACCUUCCUUAACUAGAAGGGGUGGUGGGGUAGCCUUGUGGUUAAUGGUUAAAGCAAUCACACGUCAUGUCGAAAACCCGGGAUCGAUUCUUCACAUGGGUACAAUGUGUGAAGCCCUUUUCUGGUGUCCUAUAUUGCUGGAAUAUUGCUAAAAGUGGCAUGAAACCAUACUCACUCACUCCUUUACUGGAGAGAAACACACAACUGAAUCAUAUUGUCAACCUGUAUGCAUGUCUUUUAGUGUCAUGGUUGUUUUAAUAUGUUGACUGCAUAUGGAUGUACUUUUGAGAAAACAAAAACUGAGUAUGUUUCUCAGUUAGAAACGAGAAAAUUUAUGUAUAUUGAAAGUGGUUACAAGUGAUACCUGACAAUUGACAUUGUGUAUUCACAAAUUCACAGAAGCAAACACCCUAAUUCAUACGAAGUGCUGUUUUAGGGUUUGUAGAGAACCCAGAGUAUGAUGUGAGUUGUUCAAUUCUUUAUGUAUGUGUUGUUUCAGUGUGUGAAUUCCUUAGUUUCAUGGAUGAGGAAGAGUGUGGGGACUUAUCUCAUGUGCAGGAUGUAAAGCGAUUUGAUUGAUGUGUGUUGAAAUGUAUGGACAUUUCUACAAUUAAAGAUAUUUUUACUAGA